GCGCCUUAUGCAGUUGAAUGGCCUUCUAGGUGGCAUCAUCGCCGCUCUCUGCUGUUCGCGCCGCUGCUGCUGUGCCGUCGCCACUGUCAGCACCACAGGGGAUUGCCAGAGAGGCGUCAGGAGCGAAGCACGUCACGGACGACACUGGAUCGGUGCCAUCAUUCGUUCCAAAAACGACGUACCAACCGGCAACGUCGGCAAUUCUCGCAUCUCCGUCGCGGAUGGCGUUGGCAGGCACGCCUGCAAACGAUGGGGGUGUGUUGGGUGCGCGAGGGGGGGGAGGGGUGUAGGGAUGGGGAAGGCCCACGACUGUGAACGAGAGCCCAAGCCACAUGACGGUUCCCUGCUGGUUGUUGGCGAAGGGAUGCUGGGAAAAGCUCUUGUUCUUUCCAGGGAAGGUGAGACAGUGAACACAUCCGUCUCGAAGGCAGCCGCUGCAUCAAUCAAGCCACAACAACAAAGGCAUGAUCUGGCCUCCCCACUGCAGUUCACUGUCGUCCUUCUUACCCAGUGCCGCAGCGAGUGAUGAGCUCCCUGUUGCGUCCGUGAUGAACCGGGCGACUUGGUGGCUCAUAUCGAUGACGCGGUCAUGGGACAGCUCAUCCACCAAACUGCCGGCCAGGCUGAUGGCCGCCCUGAUAGCGUCGUCCGUGUCGUCAUUCCCACCCUCACACCUACGCCAUUGAGCUUGGGUGAUGUCAGGCUUCUUGAGCAGUGCCGGCAGCAGACCCGUGCGAAUGUCAUUGUGCUGAUGGAUGAAACGAGCGAUGAAGGCGUAGCGACUGAAGCUGUCCAGCAGGCUGUUGGCCAGCUGAUGGUCACGGAGCCACCCCUCCAACACCAUCUGCAACACACAACAUACCCAAUAAUGCAUCAAGCGGCAGCCCAGACGACCCUCCCAUUUCCGCUCUGACCUGUCUGUGUAUGCGCCACAGCAGACUUUGGCUGCUGCGGGGCGUGAAGAUCUUGUAGGUCUCGAACUGCAGGUAGUCGAGGGCGAUCAUUGCAUCCAGGAGGUUGUCCUUGGUCAGCGACUUGACGAUGUCCAGCUCUCGCUGCAGCACCACCAGCCCGGUGGCUCGAGUGAUCCCUUCGAUGCAAAUCUGACGCUGUUGACCCUCUUGGAACUCGCCAUGAAGAACCUGCGUCGACACACAGAUGAGGGACGGUCACGGGCAUUUCUGAUCUGCUGUGUCUGGUGCUGUGUGUCUAACCCGCUGGAAAUACUUGAACUGCCGGGCGACACUCUCCUUUACGACCACAGGCGGCUCUGCCUCGCCAUCGCCUGCGAACCGUACACUCACUGACGGCUCGAGAGCACUCAUCGUGCAAACAGGAAGAGAACCGUCGCACAGAUGCGCGCGUGACAAGGAGGUUGGCGUCGCGUGCCGAGAACUUCUAAGUCCUAUUCCUCCAGACCAGCAG